AUGCCCGGAGCUCUGAGGAGACUUCUGGGAGGCGAGGGGAGGUCUGGACCGAACCACGACACUGAUAACGGCAAACUCAGUUGUGCACUUUGGCUCACCACGACGAGGCAGCCGCUUUUGGCAAGCGCCAGAUGGGACGAUGCGCGCGAGUGCGGCCCAGCCCAGUCGAAAUUGCGGCCAGCGUGGUGGCCCGGACGAGAGUCGCGGUGGUGUGGUGUGGUGUGGUGUGGUGUGUCGUCGUGGAACCCCCAGCGCUGUGCCUGGGCUUUCCAGGCGUCUCGCCUGCUGCAGCUGGCCCUGUUAGGGGGGAGCGCUCGAUGCGGCAACUCGGUGCUGACGGGCGCCAGUCGCUGCCAUCAGCCCAGCCUCGAAUCGCCUCAGCUCAAUGUUUGCUGCGGAAAAGCCCGCACCCUCCAGCCCAUGUUGUCCAACUCUAUUCUGCACGCCAGGCCGUUCCUGUUACUGGCUGCGACAAGAGCCUCAGUCAGCGCCGGGCCCUUGAUCUCCAUCUCUCGCCUUCGUCUCUGCAGUCACGACAACGCCCCUGGCGGGCUGGACUGA